AUGUCACUUCUGGACAGCCCACUAAUGGAGGAGCCAGCCCCUUGUACUACUUGUACAGGGGACAUCACUCCUCACUUUCCUGAAGGAUGUCCCAAGAGAGAGUAUGAGUGCCUUCACUGCAGCUAUAAGGACACGUACGAAGAAAUAAUAGGAACACACCAGUCAGAGUGUCCCCAGUUAAUAAUAGCAUGCAAUAAUGACGGAUGCAAUGAGAAGAUAACGCGAAUAUCCAUGAUGGAGCACCUUGGAGUCUGCCCAAAGGCUAUCAUUGAAUGCCAGUACUCUAUAGUUGGGUGUCGUAAGAAAUUCAAGAGGGAAGAGGUCACCCGUCACGAGACUGAACACAUGAGCAGACACUUAAAACUAGCAGUGAAGAGUAUCAAAGAGAUGAGAGAGAGGCCCCCACAGUGUUUGACACUGAAAGAGGGAGAGUUGGCCAGCUAUGUGUUCAGACUCAAGGAAUUCUCUGAGCUUAAACAAAAGGGAAAGCACUGGAUGAGCCCAACUUUCUACACAUCAAUAGGAGGGUAUAAAAUGGUACUGGUUGUAUUCCCAAAUGGUUAUAAAGAGGAUGAGGGCUGUCAAGUAUCUUGUUUCAUUUGCUUACUGGCUGGAGAGUAUGACUUUCAACUCCAGUGGCCAAUGAAAGGUGAAGUUACCAUUGAGCUACUCAAUCAGCUUGAAGACAAGAAUCACACCAAAGCAGUCCUAACCAUCACUGAAGAUAAUGAUUUCUUUCCAGUUGAGGAUGAGGAGAUAUUGAAUAUAGAAGAGGAUGUCCCGGGGGUUGGUCAUUCUAAUAUGAUUGAGCACUAUCAGUUGGAAUAUGAUUCAGAGCUCAAUGUGGCAUAUCUCAAAGAUGAUUGUCUUUACUUUCGUGUCAGUGUUACAAAACUGGAAAAUACUGCAACCAAGCCUUGGCUAAUAACUACUCAAUAA